AUGAUGUCAUCCCCUGAGCAAAGUGAAAUAAGCCAGAAGGCAAGUGUAGAUAAGUACGCCCAAUUUGUCUUAAAGUUCCAGAAACCCAUUCAGCCUUACAUCUGCUCAACUCUGAAUGAUUUUCAAGAAGAGAGAGACUUUUUGGCAAACUACAUCUUUCCUUAGCUUAACGAGCUCUGCAUUUCCCGGGGCACGUAUUUCAAAGCUGUAGACCUGAGGUGUGCAGCGUUGAUGGCCCCGCCGCCCUUAUCCUCCAACCUGUUUAGACAGCAUUCUUGUCUCCACGCCCAGUACCUGAAGCUCUGUCUCGACUAUGUGAACAGCUGCUUUCCCUUUCUCAUCUGCAUGCUGGGUCAGACGUACGGGGACUUUCUCCCUGACCAUGUGCCUUUACUGUUCUCCAAAGCAACUGACUUGUCAAGUUUAUCCCCAAUAGAGCAGAAUCUCUAUGUUGCUGCAAAAAAUGGUUAUCCUUGGGUCCUGGAGAAUCCCGACUACAGUUUGACGGAGUUUGAGAUCAUCCAAGCGGCAUUUCUGAAUAAGUCUCAAUUUCAGUAUUUUUACUUUAGGACUAGACCCACGCUGCUGAAGACUUUAGAUGAGGAAAAGGAGAGGCUGCUCUCAGGCUCUCUGAAUGAUGAAGAAAAAUUAAGGGUUGGCAAGCUUAAGGCCAAAAUUAUUAACAAAGGACUCCCUGUCCGAUUUUAUAAAGACCUCCAUGAGUUGGGUGAGCUGGUUUUCAAAGACUGGUCAGUUGUGAUAAAACAACUUUACCCAGCCACUUUCAUGAUUGAACAUAUGGACUAUAAGCACAACUUUGAACGUUUCUAUCAUGAAGAGUUUACUGAGAAGUGUAAGCAAGUGUUUGUAAUUUCCAAGGAAUCAAAUAGAACCUUUGAAAUCUUGGAAAGAUUUGCCUUAAAGGAUGUGGGAUUUGAUUGUAACAGUGCUGCACCUGGUUCCAGCUUAGACUCUCUUCUCAGAAUAAAUCCUCUUCCAGUUUACAAGUCCAUUUUGCUCUUGUCUGGAGAACGCGGUUGUGGGAAGUCUACUCUGAUCGCCAACUGGGUGAACGAUUUCAAAAAGAAAUAUCCAAGCAUCUUGAUGAUCCCUCAUUUUGUGGGCAUCACUUGUGAAAGCAGUGACAUCAUGUCUGUGAUACAUUACUUCAUCACAGAAUUGCAGUACAAAAACUACGGUACUCAGCUUGAAACCGAUGCUCUUAACGAAGACUCAGACAUCUUGGUCUUUCCACUUCUUGUGGAAGUCUUCAUUGCUUCCAUCAGUUUAAAGCCCUGUAUACUUGUCCUAGAUGGAAUUGAAGAAUUGAUUGGCAUUUAUGGGAUCUCAGGACAGAAGGCGAAGGAUUUCUCUUGGCUGCCGAGCUCAGUGCCUGCUCAUUGCAAACUUAUCAUGAGCACCGUCUCCUCCAGCCUGUCCUACAAGUCGCUGUGUGCGCGCCCGGAUGUGAGGACCGUGGAGCUUCUGAGUGCAGGAGACAAAGAGGUGAAACUGAACAUGUUUAGACAGUAUCUCUUCAUUCCCAGCAGAGACCCCCUCCGACAGACCAGACACCCUUUGAGGAAAAGAACAAACCUGAAUCCUUUAAAACUCACGAUCCUAGCAAAUGAGCUGAGAGAAUGUAGAAUCUACUGAGAUGAGUACCAGUGUCUGAAGGAGUACUUGGAGGUGGUCUCCAUUCAGGAGCUCUGGGAACUGAUUCUGAAACGCUGGAUGGAAGACUACAGCUGGACUUUUCUGCCAAAAAGGGCCAAUUCGGACACCGGGGCUUCAGGAGAAGCAUUGGAUGGCUGGGUGGCCGAUGCUCUGUGCUUACUGAGCAUCUCACAUUGUGGACUGACCGAGGUUGAGAUAUUCCAGAUUUUGGACAUGCUGGGCUACAGGGAUCAUUACAAAGUUACCACGUUGCACUGGGCUGCCUUCCGCAAUGCCACCAGACAGUGGGUCCAGGAGAAGCCCAACGGCCUCCUGUACUUCAGGCACCAGUCCCUGCAGAAUGCUGUGGAGCACAAGCUUCUGGGUGUGCUCACUCCCGUCAGAGAAAGCAGUCCAUAUACCUUUCAGAACCCAACGAAUCACAGGAAGACACAUUUCCACCGAGUCUUAGCCCGAUACUUCCAGCGGCAGACGACUUUCUGGAGAGUGUACGAGGAGCUGCCGUGGCACAUGAAAAUGAGCGGCUCCUGGGGUGACCUGUGCAGCUUCCUCUCAAGCCCCAGUAUCACAGACUUUCUAUCAAAGAUCCGAAACCCAAGCUUCUGGACAAGGCUGCACCUCAUCUACUACUGGAACGUGUUAUCAGAAGUUGGAUAUGAUGCUGCUGAGGCCUACUUGUUCACGGUGGCCAAGAUUAAAGUCGACAAGUGCCAUAAAGUGAAGAAGAGAAACACACUCUCAGUGCUGGAAUGCAGGCUUUUUGAGGUUACCACCACUGACAAAUGACGAUUAAUGUUCUUUAUUGCGAAAUUUCUGAAGCUCGUGGGCAAGACCAGAGAAGCGGAAGAGCUGUUCUUGAGUGUCGAGAACAUACUUGUGCAGAGUCAGGCCUUGACAGAGAUGCUUCUCAGAGUACAGAACACCACUGGAGAACUCUACCUUGAAAUAGGGAUGACUCAGGAGGGCUUCCAGUACUUCCAGAAAGCGUGGUCCAACCUGACGGAGUUUCCACCCAGCGCCAUAAAAGACAACCAGGCCUUCCUGAAGCAGAAAGGCAGAGUGCUGAACAACCUGGCAAAGUCAGCCACUGAGAAGUACUUAAAUCACAUUUUGGAACGCGCUGCUGAAAUUUCCAGCUUAUUGGACAACAACCCCCGUGAUGAGGCUACCAUGAAAUACACCGAAGGUGUUCUGAUAUUUGUUGCUGGAAACAUAUCUCUUGCAAAAAUGAGAUUUCAAGAAUGCUUAAAUAUCAGAAGAAGUUUAUUUGAUUCCAAAGGAAGCAAGCAAUUGAAUAUUAUAAACAAGUGA